AAUGUAUUAGAGAGACGCCAUUUUGUGUUUUUUCGAUGUAAUGUUUGAUAAAAAAAAUUGACAAUUCCGCUUCAGUUUUCGCAUCGUUGUUUCAAGUUCCGCCGUACUCGACCGUGUUAGUUGUAUAUAAGUUUUUUUUUAUUAAUAAUUAUUAUUAUUAAUUAUAAUUGUUUUUAUUUGUCGCGUGCACCCCCAUUUGGACGGACCUAAAUCAAAGGUACGUUCUACGGGCGAGUUUAUAAUCUAAAUGGUGCCUUGCAGACAGUAUGUCUACAUUGUCAGGGGUCAGUUUGAAGGGGGAGAAAAGCAAAGGAAAGAACUCAUUCCAAUCAUUGAAAAUAAAUAAUUUAUACAAGGGAGAAUCUACUGAGAUUAAUCAACAUAAAAGCAUUGUACCGCGUAAAAAUGGAUUGCAGCCUAUUGGAAAAGUCAUUCGAAAUGUCCGUAAUCCAGUUAAUUUGCCAAGUGAAAAAUCGGAGUCUAGCCACGAGUCUUCAAUUAAUCUAGUCCCAAUCGGCGGUGCAGGAUGGGGAAACAAACAAACAGAGAAACCACUUGUGGCUGCGGGCAAAGAGUUGCCACCGACAUCGACUCCCACAACAACUCCGCAAUUGUCCCAAAGUGGGCCUGUAACGGGGCAACAACAUGCUUUGUCCCAUUCUACUUCCGUGCAAGUAACCACUACAACAACAAGACCUUCUCAUGCCGAUGGGAAAACAUGGGCCAAAAAAAUUGUCGACGUUCCAGUUGCCGCCCCCACUUAUUUAACACAUCGGACAAUGCAAUUUCAACAAGAAUUCCCAAGCCUAACCUCAAGUGGAGAACACAAAAAUCAAACAAAUGUGAAUAUGUCGCUGGCCAACACAGAGCAGAGGCCUUCUCUACGUCCACAAACCGAAACAAGCUGGAUGCAAGGUGGCAGCCGGCCUCAAAUGCCUCCAGGUGUCAGCAGUUCUAUCGGAACUUCAGUCCAAGCUCAUCUAUCUCAAUCAUCUUCCGGGACAGAAAAUGUGAAUGGCGUACGGAACAAUUCGGUCCUAAAUGGGGUGGGCGGGGCCCAGGUCGGCCUAAAUCCUUAUCACAUGCAAUAUAGUAAAAAUCCAGUUAUGAGAAAUAUGUUGCCCACAUUUAUGGUAUCGAAUCAGUCAGAAAAUGUGAUGCUACAUCAACCCAAGCAAAAUGCUUAUCUCUCUGAGAAAAUGCCUCACGCUGCUUCUCCUUCCUUAAUAGGAACUGAUAGUUCUUCCAAGUCGCCAUCGGGAGAUAUUAAAGAACUAGUACCACCACCGAUUAUACGCGAAGAAGAUUUAAAAAGAAUGACUGAGCUGUCCAAAGAAGCUGGGUGGUCUAUUCAUGGAGAAAUCGAUUACAAUAAAAAAUUGGACUUUAGCGAUGAUGAAGAGCAAUCUAAUGAAAAAUCUAAUAAGCAGGCGUUGAACGGGGAUAUUAAACAUAAAUCCGAAAGUUCAAUGGGUUACUUAUUUAACAAGCAUCCUAAUUCCGAUUCAAAUCUAGUUCAAAAGGAGAAUGUGUUUGGACCGAUGCACAUUAAUGGUAUUCCUUAUAACUCUGAUUAUAUGAACUAUUAUAGGCCACCUUCGCGUCAAGAAGAGCGGCAAAUUGAUGACGAAUAUGAUGAAGAAACUGUCGGUAGAGCGACACGUGCUGAGGAAUUAAAUACGGUUUUGCAACGUGCUAAAGAUAGAAAGUUGGAAGAAAUGAAACGAUUUGAAGAAGCCAAGUUAAAGAAAUUUGACAGUGACAAUAUUGAAAACCAAGAUAAAGAAUCUAAAGAUGAUUUAUUAAAAACUCGAUCCGAAUCUGUAAAAGAUAGAAACGACGAAGACAAUAAAGAUUCUAAUAGUAAGUAUUUACCCUUGAGACUUCACAAACUAUCUGAACAAACUUUAGACGCAGUUAAAGUUCAAAAUGUCGUGUAUACAAAAGCUCUAAGAACCCUCUGUCGUACAGACAGUGAUAUGAGUAGCAGUGGAUAUUCUGAGUAUCGAAGUGAUUCAUGGAUUGAAGAUGAACAUUCUAAUAAUAAAUCUUCAAGUUUAAAACGAGAUAAACGACCAGAAUUUGAUAGGUUUAAAAGAGAAAAACCUCGAUCAGAUAAAGAUAAAUCUGAGAGAUAUGCACACAAUGAUAAUUCUUCUAGGAACGAUGACACCACUAGAAAAGGAUAUGAUAACAAACGCGACUUCAAAAGAAGUGAUUCUGGUUCUAAAGUGCAAAACGACGACGUGUAUGGUUGUUACGAUAGAAACGACAAGAAAGAGUCUUAUGCAAAAGUACCUAAAUUUCCCUCACACGAUUCAAUAGAAACCCCGGAGGAUAUAGAAAAAGAAAACUUGAAUGUUGAUGAAGACACUUACCUGUGGUCUCAAAAAUCCCUGGGAAAAGAAUAUUACAAAGAUGACAUAAAUCCAUCUGGCCAAUAUGGUAAAAUCCACAUACCUGGACCUAUCACUCAGGAAAAAUUUGAAGCAUGCGAGCUGACCUCUGAGCCAAAACGAAAUUUGACUCAAUUGGUGAGAAGUGAAAGAAAAGAUGGCAAAAAAAAUGAUCAUCAGGGUGAUGAUUCAUUGUCCAAGACCAAACUUGGAGUUUGGGAUCUUGCCCCUACUAAUAAAAGUAAAAUGUCCCAAGAAAAAAUAUAUGAUCAUGAUGCCAAAAGCAGUAAAAACAACACAAGACACGAAGACGACAAUAAAACAACAGAACAAAAAUCGUCUUUCGAAAACAGUUCUGGUACUUCCUCUACAUUGUCUCAGCAUAAGGGACUGAGAUCUGAUCGCAAUAUUGGUGGGUCACGUUCAUUUCAUCAGAGUAUCAAUUCUCGAACAGUUUCUAGGUCGGGGUCAAGUAGAAAAAAUACAUGGGCAGAGCCGUAUGAAGAUCAAGGUCAACGAUCUAGAGGUCCAUCGAGACGUGAUGAUAAAUAUCGUGGAGAAAACAGAAAUCGUGGUGACGACAGAAAUCGGGGUGAAGACAGAAAUCGCGGUGACGACAGAAAUCGUGGUGAAGAUCGUAACAGGAACGAUGACCGAAAUCGUGAUGAUAGAAAUAGAGGUUGUAGUAAUCGCCAGCAAAACGAUCGCUACUCAGACAAAUCCUCACUGCGAGGAUAUAGCCAACGAUCAGAUCAAAGAGGAAGAGGAAUUGGAGGAAGAGAUUCACGUAUGAUUAAUGGUCGAAAUGGUCAAAAAAACAAUACUGAUGAAAGUGCUGACAAACUCAAUAAACCAAAUCAGAAUAAUAAUUCAAACAGAAAUAAAAAUUCAUCCAAAUCACAAUCGAAAUCGGACUCGUAUGGUGAAGGAAAUCGGAGAGGAGGUGAAGGUCGAUUUGGCUCUAAACAAAGCAAUAGACCUUAUAGUAGUCAAAAACAAGAAGACAACUGGGAGUCAAUUAGUGAACCCAGUGAUUAUGAAGCUCAACAAAAAAGUAGUAAUAAUCGUCGUCAAAUGAGCCUCACAUACAUGUCGUCUUCAAGGGAUAAAAGAAAUAAUUACGAUAAGAAAGAACAACCAAAAGAAUCGAGCAGUAAUGAAAAGCCGAACCAAAAGUCAGCAUUAUCUACAGCAAGUGAUUUAAAAAACUUUGGAGGAUGUAAUUCCCAAGACGUUCGUUCUAAUAAAAAAGAAGACUCUAGAAAAUCUGCCGAUACACAGCAAAAAAGUCGUUUGUCAAAUCAAAGUAAACGUAAAGAACCGGCAAAUUCAUCAGCAUCCAGGUCCAAUCAAAGUGUUAACAAUUCUAAAUCGGGGCAAUUAAGACAGAAAAACCAGUCUCAACUUGGUGCGGACGACGCUCCUGUUAUUAAAGAUGCUGUAGUAAUGGUUAGUAACAAACCUGCACCUCCUCCACAAACAAAUGCUUGGGAUAAACCCAUAACUCAUGCACUGAGGGCUCAGUCUCCUAACGUGAAUAAACCAGUCAAUCAAUCCAACAACAGGGCCAACAGUUUGACUGAUAUUCAAGAAAUUCCUAGCCAAUCGGUGCAAAGAAUGGUGUCAAGCAAAGAGAAAAUGUGUCCUAAUGUAAUGGAAAAUGGUAUUCUUGAUACAACACAACGAAUGGAAACUAUUAUAUUCGAAAAUACAACUUAUAAAUCGAAACCUUGCGGGGAAUCCAAAAAUAAGUAUGGCUCAAACAUGAAGCAACGUGAAAAAGAAUCGUGUAAUUUUAAUGAAGAUGCUCAAGACAAUUGCUUCAGGGCAUUUAAAUCUUCAAAACCUGAUAAUAAAGAUUCAAAAAUGAAUGAUGCUGUACAAAUGUCUAUGACUUUCAAAAAUGAUGAUAAUUCUGAGCUCAAUCUCGGAUUCGGUGAUUUUGAAUCUGAUUUCACUCAUAGUGGUGGGCAUUUGGCAUCUGACAAUAAGGACAAUGUUAUGGCAAUGGCGUCACAUUCCAGAUCUAUGCAUACUGGACCAUCAUCAUUAGCAGCUAGUGAUUUAAAAACAAUGAUAGCUGGAACCAAGAAGGUUUGGGAUGAUAAACCAGAAUCGAAUCAACAAAAUAUUGCUGAAAGUGCGUUCAACACUGUUUAUAGCACAGCUGGCAGCGGACAACACGAUAAAUCAGAAAUGUCUGUUAUUGAUGAACAGCAGAGAGUUCAUAAUCAGCAAGUGUACAGGUAUGUACUUUGUCCGGCUCCUCAAUUACAAAAUGUUGCCGGGUCAUACAUUCCUGUGUCGAUGGCUGCGGCGAGUCAACUCAAACAAGAUCCAAAUGCAGCUACCACAAACGUAUGCAAGGUUAAACCUCAACCGCAGGGUACAAUUUCGCCCCCAUUAAACCAACAGCAGUCGUCGACCAGCACUCAUGCGUUCAGCUCAUCUACUACACCUCAACCACUUACAUCGACCACGCCGCUUGCAAAUACUAUUCCAACCCAAGCAACUCACAUGAAUUUACAAAUUAUGAUGGAGAAUAGUGAUGGCAUAGCCGAUAUUUACGGUGCUCACAUGUUGAAACAGCAACAAACACACUUGAUAUUGAAUACAAACAGCAAAAAUGGAGUAGAAAUGUUGGCUAAACAAUAUGUGUCUGCUGCUCCAGGACCGUCCCCGUCUUCAGCCGCUAUGAUUUUCAAUUCGGCCCAACAACAUCUUAUGCCACCGCCAUCACCAUCAGCACCUCAAGUUUAUCAAACCAUGUUAGAACCAACUCAAACUGUGAUAAGUAACGCCACACGUUCUCAGUUUAAUCAAUUUACUUAUGGUCUCCAAUCGAACGGUUUGAAUCAAAACUCUCAGUUUAAUCCUUCGAUGUUCAUCCACCCAAAUACACCUGGUGGUCAAGGGGCUUCGGAAGUUUUUCAAUCGUCCAUUUCCCCAUUCAGAAUUGGACCGCCCUAUAAUAAUGGACAGCAAAUAAAUACAAAUAUAAACCCAGUAUUAAUACCAAGCAGUACUAAUUCUUCUUCUUCUCAAGUGAAACAGGCUUCACAGCAGAUAGGAGCUAUUGGGAAUAAGGCAACUUAUAAUGCUACAACACCAUCAUCGUACAUGGUACAAUAUGAUCCAAAUACUAUGUUUAAUCAACAAUACAACACGAUAAAUAAUGCACGAGCCACUCCAUUGCAGUCUUCGUCAUCGUUGUAUUCAACCAAUUCAACGACAGGACCAACUAAUGCUGGUUUUAUUCCAAAUGUCGCUUCUGCAUUCCAAGCACAAGUAGUGGCUGGUGCGUCCGGUAAUACAUUUGGCAUACCAAAUGCAUUUGGUUCUCCACAAAACGCCCCACCUCCAAAUAUGCAAAACUAUACUUAUCAGUCUCGUCAAGUUCAUUACCCGAAAGGAAAUAUAAGUAGUGGUGGUAAUAACGAUCUUCAAAAGUCUGGUGUAUCUAAUCAACAGGACAUUGGAAAUGCAAUGUUUUCCUCCAAUAUUUUUAGACAACAACCAUUUUUUGAAACGAAUAAGCAAUUAAUGAAUUCUAAUCAACAAACCCAUCAAGCUUUACAAGGAAAAUAUAGUAGUUAUCAAGUUUCGGCAUCUCAAAAUAAUCAAUUGCCUUUGAUGCAACAGCCUCGAAUGAAUAUGAACAACAGUACUAGCGGAUCGAUGGCACCUAACGUUGCUCCUCAGUAUCCGUCUCCCAUUCAAAGGCCAGUAUCGACAUUCCCACAUUUACAGAGAAUGCCUCCGCCUCAAAAUAUGCGUAUGCAAUCCAGCGUACCUAUGCAACAUUUUAUGAACAAAAGUCAGACCUCAAACAACUAUUUUGUAUCAAAUGCAGGCUUGAUUGUCGAACCACCGAUGCCCAUAACCAAUAAAAUUGAUAACACCAAUGGAAAUGUCGAUUCUAAAACUGAAGAGAAAAUUGAUAAUAGUUCCAAAUCACAAAGCACAGAUUGUAAAGACGAUAAAUCGUUGGUGGCUAAUGAAUAAUAUUACAUUUUAUACUUUAUAUAAAUAUGAUGCGUGUAGACUUAAGCAUAAGUUUUGUGAACUCAUUUCUGCUGUGUAAGUAGUCGAAGUUUUUGUAGUCGUUCUCUUUUAGGAAACAAUUUAUGUAUUUAAAAAGAAGUGUAUCGUAUAUAUAUAUAUAUAAUAUUUAUGUCAUAAAUUUAUCCCAAACAGUGAUUUGAGAGUUCUUGUAUGCUAUUUAUUCAUAUUAAGCAUGUUUUUUCUGUGUCAAUUUUUUAUCAUUAUUAUUAUUAUUAUUAAAAAUAUAUGAAUAUAUAAUAAUUAACAACUAAAUAAAAUAAUAUAUAUAGUUGUGCUAUUUAUUUUUAGAUGUUUCAACUGUAUGUGGGUUUCUUCUUAAAAUUGUAUAAUAAAUUUGUUUUUAUCACAGUAUGUUAAAAUAUCAAUUUAUAUACAACUCCAUCUGAAUGAUAAAAGAAAAUACUACCCCCAAAUCAAUGUGGACGAGAACAAAAUGAUUUAACUUUAUUUGUCAUUGUAAUAACUGAAAAUAGUAAUUGUGCAGAAUUGUAACCAAUAUAAUAUGAUUGUAUGCUUGUUAUUAUUAUUAGAAUGUUAACAAUUUAAUAUUAAAUUUUAUAUUUAUUCAUUUUACUCAACUUAAAUAUUAGAGAUUUUUUUUAUAAUUUUCAUUUAUAACUAUUAACUUUAAGCGUCUUUGUUUGUUUACUUUAUACUUAUUUUUUCUUAAAUGGUAGAUCUAACUCUAAGAUUACAAU